GAAGGAGAUGAGGGGGAAUUCCAAAGGGCGCUUCUGUACGUUACGCCAAUCCAAUAUUUUUGACAUAGGACUUUCAAUGGAAUUUUUUUUUUUUUAAAUUCGCACGAUAAUUUUUUUUGCGCUAGUUUUCAGUCCCCCUUUCAUGUAGACGCCAAAUAAUUUUAGCAGAAUGUCCCUCCCCAAUUCGUGCUCCUUUGCGGAAAUGAAUUUAUCUUUUUUUUUUCCCUUUUAUGUGCUCAUUACAUAGAGAGGAACUCGCAAAGAUAUUUGCUAACCAACCUGUGUGUGCAUGGUGAAGGAAAUUAAACCUCUUCCCAACAAUUUCGUACACACCUGUGAAGCCCAUCCUUUCCACUCAUUCGCGCAUUCACGCGUAACUACAAAAUGGGACGAUUAAAGGACAAGAAAAAAACUUUAAAAUUGGUGAAAGACAAUGGGGAGUCUUCAAACACGCUAGGGAAUUACACGGGAGUGGGGACUGUGACAUUUUACCUUAACAAAAAAUGGAAAACCACGGAGAAGUAUUACGGAAAUAUCUUCCAAGGAAAAAAACAUGGAUAUGGUGAGUAUAACUACCAGAAUGGCGAUUUUUACCAAGGGAUGUAUGAGCACGGCAAGAAGAACGGGAUCGGCACUUAUUUUUACAACAUGAACGAGGGGCAAGAGAGAGGCAAAGGGAGAGGGGCGAAGGGGAGAGAUGAUGAGAGUAGUGAGGAGGAGGAGAACAGCGUCGACGAGAAGAGCGAUGAUGAAAAGAGCAGCGACGAACAGGACGAUGAGCAAAAUGAGCAGAAUGGCAAAGAUGAGGAUAGCGAAAAGGGCACGAGCGAGGAGGAAGGUGAAAAUGACCAAAGUGGAAGCGACAACAGUGGGAGCGGUCAAAGUGGAGACGCCGCAAGCGGAGAAGAUCAAAGCGGAGAAGACCAAAGCGAAGGAGACACUGAACAGAGCGAUCCGAAUGAACAAGACAAGGAGAAGAGCGCAAAUGCGGAUGGCAAUCAAAAUAGCAAGGGAAAUAAAGCAGCUGAUAAUAAAAAAAAUGCCUCCAAAAAGUUGCUACAUCUUUUGCAAAAAUGGAAUAAUACAAAAAUGAAAAAAGAAACGAUUAUCCCCGCGAAAGAGAAAGGGAGCUUCUACUAUGGGAACUACGCCAACGGUCUCAAGCACAACGAGGGGAUGAUGCUGUACAGAAACGGGGAUGUGUACGUUGGUGGCUGGAAGUUUGGAAAGAAGAGCGGAUGGGGUUAA